AUGGCCUCAGCUGCUAACGCGCCGUCCGAGCAGGAAAGCGGAGAGCCCGACCGGCCGAGGAUAACGCGCAGGCUCAGGGGGGACCGUGCCCGCGGCGCGCCGCUGGAUUUGGAGUAUCUGCAGCGGCCGAGCUACUGCGAUGCGGGCUUCGCUCUGGAGCAGAUCUCAGAGGGGAAGGCGACUGGGAGGAAAGCGCCUCUGUGGCUGAGAGCGAAGUUCCAGAGACUUUUAUUCCGGCUUGGCUGUUACAUACAAAAGAACUGCGGAAAGUUUUUGUUUGUGGGCCUCAUGAUUUUUGGAGCUUUUGCCGUCGGCUUAAGGGCAGCUAAUUUGGAAACGGACGUGGAGAAACUCUGGGUUGAA